GGUUUUUAGUAUUACUCGCCCUAUUUAUCUCUUUCUUUCUUCUAUGUCCUUGCAACAGAAACACUGAAGAAACCCCAGCAAGGAAAGGUUGGCACUUGGGCCAUUUGUACCUGAAAACGUUGUUUAUCUAUGGAGACCAACAAACAGCAGAGGAAGAAAUGGUUCCUCCCACUUGUAUUGUCUCUACUCUUGUUAACCUUACUCAUACUCUUUUCCAUCUUCGUCUCCACCGAUUCUUCCUCUUUGCUCUACCUAUACCGUACACGUGGCAGAGUGGAAGAGCCUCGUUUCGUGGAGUCAAAGCUCAGGGUGUCUUCCACGUCAUCCAGCGAAUCCGUUCCCAGGAUCGCCUACCUGAUCUCGGGGUCAGUGGGUGAUGGCGAGACUCUGAAGAGAACCCUCAAUGCCCUUUACCAUCCCAGGAAUCAGUACGCUGUGCACUUGGACCUCGAGGCUUCCACGCAGGAAAGAUUGGAGCUUGCCAACUUCGUCAAGAACGAGCCUCUCUUUGCCAAAUUGGGCAAUGUUAGGAUGGUUGUUAAGGCUAACUUGGUCACCUACAGGGGACCUACUAUGGUCACUAAUACCCUUCACGCUGCGGCCAUUUUGUUCAAGGAAGGUGGACUCUGGGAUUGGUUCAUCAAUCUAAGCGCUUCUGAUUACCCCUUGGUCACCCAAGAUGAUCUGUUGCAUACGCUGUCAUCAACGCCGAGACACCUUAACUUUAUUGAGCACACCAGUGAUAUUGGCUGGAAAGAAGAUCAGAGAGCCAAGCCUGUUAUAAUUGAUCCAGCACUUUAUAGUGUCAAUAAAUCUGAUUUGUUUUGGGUGACAGAGAAAAGAAAUGUUCCCACAGCAUAUAAGCUGUUUACAGGUUCUGCUUGGAUGAUGCUCUCUCGCCAAUUUGUUGAGUAUUUGUUAUGGGGAUGGGAUAACUUGCCUAGAAUAGUCUUGAUGUAUUAUGCCAACUUUCUAUCCUCCCCUGAAGGGUAUUUUCACACAGUCAUCUGCAAUGCUGAUGAGUUCCGGAACACUACUGUAAAUCAUGACCUCCACUUCAUAUCAUGGGAUAACCCUCCAAAACAACAUCCACACUUCCUAACAAUCAAUAACUACGAGGAAAUGGUGGAGAGCAACGCUCCAUUUGCUCGGAAAUUUGGCAGCAACGAACAACUCUUGGAUAAGAUUGAUACUGAACUCCUGGGACGAAAUGAACAUGGUUAUGUGCCUGGCAAGUGGUUUGACCGGACAAAUUCAAACACCACCAAACCAUAUUCUGCCAUAAAAAAUAUCACCGAACUUAAGCCUGGCCCUGGAGCAGAAAGGCUCAAACGUCUUAUGAAUGGUUUAUUGUCAGCAGAAGAUUUUCACACUAAGCAGUGUUCUUGACUCCCAGUUUUAAACACCUUGCUAUGCUCAUUGUUGUUUAUCCAUCACUCAGCGGCAACAGGCAAACCAUUAUGAUGUCCAGUUGACACCCGAGGAUGUUCUGAGACAAACAAGAAAUAUGAGAAGAUAGAGCAGAAAACGGAAGGGACCACCAUUUCUUCAAUAGUACGUGUUACCUUCAAUUUCUAUUUUUACACAAAUUCUAACGUGACCACACUUUUGUAGGUAAUAUGUAUCCAUUGAUUUGAUUCACAUGAUUUAUUGAAUUUCAUGAAUGGCAAUGACGAGUCAUCAUUUAUGCAAUUGUCGUGCUCUGCAGAAUGUCUUUAUAGUAAAUAAGAGAUUCAGUUAUGUAAUGCAUGGGCAGAAUGCUUCCUACUGUUAGGUUGGAAGUGGCACAAACCCGUGAAAAGUACUUUCCCAACUAAUCUUUUUACAAGAACACGCUCAAGUAGCUGUCACUUGUUCUGCUUUUUUGCUUAUCUCACCCUUUUCUUGAGUUACAUUCAAUACCAUUUUAUAUCUAUUACCUCAUGAAUUGAUGAACUAU